AUGUCCGAAUUCGCGCUCACCAGAACGACUACCCUGCCCGUAACGGCGGUGGUCGGCGCCCUCGCGCUGUGGCUGCUCUACCGCGCCCUCCUCCCGCGACCCAUCCCCGGCAUCCCAUACAACAAGGCCGCGGCGGAGUCGCUCCUGGGCGACAUGCCGGAGAUGGUCGGCCACGCGCAGAAGACGGGGGAGAUGUACGACUGGCUCGGGGCGCAGAACAUCAAGCACCGGUCUCCGAUCGUCCAGGUCUUUGGGCGGCCGUUCAGCAAGCCGUGGGUCAUCAUCACGGACUUCUACGAGACGCAGGACAUAUUGAUGAGGAGGGGGAAGGAGUUUGACCGUUCCGAGUUCACCGCGGACGUGCUGGCCGGGGUUAUUCCGGAGCACCACAGCAGGUGGAGGACGAACGAUGAGUACAAGAGUCGGAAGCGGCUUAUUGGGGAUAUCCUCACACCCAGCUUCCUCAACAAGGUCGCCGCGCCCCUUCUUCAUGAGAGCACGAUGCGGAUGACGGCUCUGUGGAAGGAGAAGGCUCGGCUUGCGAGAGGCCGUCCGUUCUGGGCGCUGAAGGACAUCAGUCACUGCGCGCUGGAUGCUGUUCUGGGCUUCACGUUUGGUCCUGGCAUGGAAGGCACGAGUGCGACUCAACCUGACGUGGACUUCCUCUCAUCAGUGCCGUCCUUGCCAUCUGAGGAGACCGGCAAAGAUGGGAGCGACAAGCCUGUGGUGUUCCCGCAUGCGCCGCCUAACCCCGUCAUCGAGGCUUUGCUGAAGUUGUCAGAUAGUCUGGAGACGGCGAUGAAGUCGUUGUUCCCGGUGGCCGCGCAUUGGGUCGUGCGCCAGAAGAAGGCAAUGAGGAGAGCGAUCUGGCUCAAGGAGGACUUGCUCCGGCGACAGGUGGACUUAUCCACGGCCAGGGUGCAGUCGGCGUCAGGGGAACACGCCAUCCGGUGCGCCGUGGAUGAGAUGGUACGCAGAGAGAGCACCCAGGCAGCGAAAGAGCAUCGACCGGCGGCCUUCCAUUCGCGAAUGUUCUACGACGAGCUUUACGGCUUCACUCUCGGUGGCCACGAGUCGACCUCCAACUCCAACCAAUGGGCCAUCAAAACUCUGGCGCGCCACCAGGACCAGCAGACCAAACUGCGCGACAGCUUGCGAGAAGCCCUCCCCGCAGCUGUCGCUGAAAAGCGCGUGCCGACGCCGCAGGAGAUCAUGCAGAUGCGGUGUCCGUACUUGGAAGCCAGCAUCGAGGAGCUGUUACGCGUAUCGCUCACGGCGCCGAUGUGCGUGCGCAGCGCGACGCAGGACACGCAGAUCCUGGGAUACCGCAUCCCAAAGGGGACCGUCGUCUUCCAGGUGUGGAACCAGGCGAGUUACACCCAGUCCGGGUUCCACGUCGACGAGAAGCUGCGGACGCCGGCCGCGCGGGCGGCGGUUGCAACGGCCAAGGGACCGGCAGGCAAGACCAUGGGUGACGAGUCGGAGUUCGAUACGGCGGCGUACGUGCCGGAGAGAUGGCUGGUCAAGUCUGAGGACGGGACGAGAGAUGUCUUUGAUGCGAGUCGCGGACGGAAUAUGAUCUUCAGUAUGGGUCCUAGAAGUUGUUACGGGAGAAAGCUGGCGUCGUCUACGCGACUGAGCGCCGCGACGUCGGAUGAGAAGAAGACGGCGGUCUCCGAGAAGCCGAAGGCCACCCCCAAGUCGCAGUCUAAGAAGGCCGCCGAUAAGAAAACCCCGGUAGAAAAACCAGAGAAGUCCACUGCUGCGAGCCGUAAGAGAAAAGCAGUCGACGCCCAGACCGAACCUGAGCCAGAGCCCAAGGUCGAGGAGAAGCCGGAGAAGCCUGCGGCAAAGAAGGCUAAAAAACCUGCGGCCGGAAAGAAGGAGGCGCCGGCGAGAAAGUCCAAGGAUGAGCUGAAGGCCCUCCGCGACGCUUCCGCUUCCGUCCCGGACAUCAAUCCCGAUGCUGAGCGCCGGGAUCCGCCAGAGACACGAUACUGGCUCAUGAAGUCCGAGCCAGACGUGCGCAUCGAGGACGGGUACGAGAUCAAGUUCUCUAUCGAUGACUUGGCCGCCAAGAAGAAGCCGGAGGGCUGGGAGGGCAUUCGGAAUUACGCUGCACGUAACAACAUGCGUGAUAUGCGUAAAGGCGACAAAGCUUUCUUCUACCAUUCCAACUGCAAAGAACCCGGGAUCGUUGGUAUCAUGAGCAUCGUCAAGGAACAUUCGCCGGACUGGAACGCUUGCAUCAACGAUAACCCGUACUAUGACGACAGCGCUCCUCACGACGGAAGCAAAUGGAGUCUCGUCCAUGUCAAGAUUGAGCACAAGUUCCCUCGUAUUGUGCCGCUGAGCCUUUUGAAGGAAGUCGGACCCAAGGGUCCUCUGCAAAACAUGCAGCUCCUCAAGUUGGGUCGUCUCAGCGUUAACAAAGUUACGAAACAGGAGUGGGAAGAGGUCAUUCGCAUGGCGAAAGAGCUUGACGAGGAUAACGAGUGGGACAAGGCGGUCGAGGAGGGGAAGAAGUUCCCAAAUUACUCGGCGGCAUGA